ACGAUGCAUGCCGGCUUUUGAAACAUCGGCUGCAGCUAAAUUGUUCGUAUGUUACGGCACCAAAUUGAGCUGCGUUGCGGUUUUCCGUAAUGGAGAAGUCACAGUCAUUCCGUGCGAACAAGGCCGCCGUCGCAUCCCUAGCACUGUUGUAUUCUAUAGCGGGAAGCGAUACGUUGGCGAUCUAUCGCCUAUGCUGGUGCUCCACAGUUCGAAAUGUAUUGUGGUCGAUUCGAAACGACUGAUUGGUCGACAUUUCCAAGAUCGAAUAAUCCAGUCCUUCCUGUCCGACUGGAAACGGUCUGGAUUAAAUAUUGUGGAUAAAAAUGGCAAACCACAUAUUGUGAUACAGGAGAACGGACAUGAAAUACUUGUUACUCCGGAAGAAAUCAGCGGCAUGGUUUUGGAGAAGAUAAAAGCAACAGCUGAGAGAUUUCUGAAGAACUCGGUUGCGGAAGCAGUUAUUACUGUGCCUGCCUAUUUUACAGAUUCACAACGAGAGGCUACAAAAGAUGCGGCCCAUAUUGCCGGUUUAAGCUCUGUUGUUCUAUUACUGUAGCGGCGGUUU